AUGCUCUCAUCAGCUCUUCUUACACUUCUCCCUCUUCUCGCCUCUGUCCCUCUCUCCCUCGCAGCACUCGAUGACAGCUCUGCCCGAUCCGCCUCAGUCUAUCAAGUAAUCACCGAUCGAUUCGCUCGACCCUCUUCAGUCAGUUCAACAUGUACUACCUCUGAUAGGAAAUACUGCGGUGGUACUUAUUCCGCCUUGAUCGAGAAAUUAGAUUAUAUCCAAGGGAUGGGAUUCGAUACCAUCUGGAUAUCACCUAUCGUCGAGAACAUCGGUGGGACUACGGGUGAAGGUGAAGCCUAUCAUGGUUAUUGGACUUUAGAUGCGGAUAAGACCAACGAUAAUUUCGGUACUGCCGAUGAUCUCAAGAGUCUCUCUACGGCAUUACACAACAAGGGAAUGUACCUUAUGGUUGACGUGGUGGUCAAUCACGUAGCUGCUACUUCAAGUAGUACUUUCACUCCUAGUUCUUCUUACGGGCAGUUCUCUUCUUCAGAUGAUUAUCAUCCUUUCUGCUGGAUCACCGAUUACAGUAAUCAAACCAAUGUUGAACAAUGUUGGUUGGGUGAUGAUUCGGUCGCCUUGGCCGAUCUCAAUACCGAUUCCGACACCGUGAAGACUUACUGGAAUAAUUGGGUAAAAGAAUUAGUAUCGAAUUAUACUCUUGAUUCAGUCAGGAUCGAUACCGUCAAGCAUGUCCAGAAAGAUUUCUGGCCCAACUUUGUCAGUUCAGCUGGAGUUUUCAUCCAGGGUGAAGUACUCAAUGGAGAUCCAACCUAUGUAUCGGCUUAUCAAAGCGAUGCCAAAGUAAACCCAUUCAACUACCCCGCAUACUACCCUCUCAUCAGAGGAUUCAACCAGACAAGUGGUGAUUUGACCGAGUUGGUGACGAUGACCCAAACGAUCAAGAAUAACUUCAGCGACCCCACCUUGUUGGGAAACUUUUUGAACAAUCAUGAUAAUCCAAGAUUCGAAUCUACCGUUACGGAUACUUCUCUCAUCAAAAACGCCCACGCCUACCCAUUCGUGACUGACGGUAUCCCAUACGGAUACUACGGUUCCGAAGCUGGAUUCACUGGAGGCGCAGACCCAGAUAACAGAGAACCUCUCUGGACCGCCAAUUACGACACCAGCUCUGACAUGUACAAGUUCUUCGCCAGUUUGAAUGCCGCCAGGAAAGCUGCCGGAAAUGCUUCUGACACUUUCUACACCAAUCAGAUGACAGUAUCCUCUCUUUCCUCGUCAUCCAUCCUCGUCGCUAAAUCACCUUUGAUCUCCGUCCUUUCCAACUCUGGUUCCUCGGCGUCCGACGCCUCAGUGACUGUCCAAUCGUCUGCAUCAGGCUGGUCAAGCAACACCGAAGUUAUCGAUGCCAUCUCUUGUGAAACCCUCACGACGGACGGAUCAGGUAACUUGGCAGUAACCGUUAAGACUGGUUUGCCACGGGUUUUCAUCGCUUCCUCUCAGAAAGGAAGUGUAUGUUCAUCAUCAUCCAACUCUUCUUCCAGUAGCUCAAGCAACAGUAGUGGAGCUAUCAAGGUGGAUGUUAGAGGUGGUUGGAUGAUCGGUGCGGUUGGUGCCGUUGUGGGAGGAUUGAUGAUGGCUUUAUAA